AUGCGUUCUUCUAUAAUUUUCUUAUUCUACGUGGCAUUAGCCCUAGCAGCUGACAGUACAAAUUACAAUGAACUGCCGAUGGAUUACUUCGAUGAUAAUUUUAAAUCCAAUUUAAAAGUGGGCCCUGACUCAACAUUCUCCUUCAAUUUCGAGCAAAUAAGGCGCGAUCAGCCACCACAGAUAGAAAUGAGAGAAGAAAACGUUGGCAGAUACAUCAACACCAGAUCACAAACGACGACACCUGUCUCUAUUUUCUCGAUGAAAGCCGAUAGAGAAUCGCAGCACGUUUAUCCAACGAUAGUUUCAUCUAACAACUAUCCUUAUCAAGGACAUAGCAACGAGCCACAAGGGUCACCGGUACCACCUCCGCCGAAGUUUGCCAUUUCAAGACCACAUAACAACGAACCCAGUCUUCAGAGAAAUUCAGCUCCCAUCUGGAACGUUCCCGCAGUACAUCAGAAUGUUCACACACCUCCACAUGUACCUAGUACUCCAACGCCGCUAUCACAACAUGUGCAGUGGACAGAACCACCAAAACGUCACAGCCCUCCAUCUCCUAAUCAUGCUUUGAGUCAUUCAAAAGGAAUCGAAGGUAUUCAUUUUGCUCCAUCGGCCUCUUACGUUUCGGAUUCAAUUACCAAUAAUGUUCCCCGCCAGCCGCCUUCUCUUCCCAGCCGGGGCAACCAUAAGUUUGCCUGGAACGAUAUAAAGAAGCAAGAGGAAUUCAAACCAAUUUUGAACAGCCAACCACCUCAGCCAUCAAAUCCCAGCACACCGCAAUCCAUUCACAACAAACCACCGCCACCCGUACCUACUCUGUCCCCAUGGUAUGACAACUUUGGAAAAUAAAGAUGACAUAAGAUGUACUCUGUAUGAAAAAAUAAAUAUUGUCUACGUUAUGCUGUCGUUUUUAUAAAAUUAACCUUGAUGAAUCGCUUAAUUAAAUUUAUGCCAGUCUAAAGUACAGUGCCAGUGAUUUAAGCAUGUUAAAAAAUACGUGUCGUGAGGUGACGGCAGAUCAAAAUACAGUUGUGGCCACCCCUCCUCUUCCCGCGGGUGUCGUACGAGGCAACGAAGGGAAAAUAUCGGAAAAAGCCCCAGCAGCAUGCGUCCUCUGUGCUACUUUUAUCCAUCUACCCAGAGUGGUGGUUAUGGGAGAGGUCUUUAAUGCAGUUGUAGUCUAUUACAUAGUAUCGAUUAUACAUACACGUCGAUCUCAGGAAAUACCAGCCCAAUUUAGACACAAGCUUAUGCGGUAUGUGGACCACAAUGAUAACAGCACAUGUUAAAAGUAGUAAAAAAUUUGUAUGGCGACCAGCGCUUGACAUAAAUUUCCGAACUACACAACCCUUUUAUUACAUGCUUUUUAUUAGCUUCACCUGCAUUUUUGUUAGUAUGUUUGUAAACGACUAUUUUUUGAUUUGAUUUUGACCCUCUUCAAACGUUCUGAUUUCGUUAAAACUUUUUAGAUAUAUUGAGGACCUCAGCCCGAAAUUAGGAAAUUGGCGAUGUGAAUUUCCUUGCCUCAGAGAGCACGUUAAGCUGUCUGCCCUGGCUAUAAUGUCCUGGCUAAAGUGGCACCAGCAAUGGGCCGUUACGGAUGGUGAGGGAAAGUAAUAAGUCCACAUAAAACUUCAAAGAAUUAAAUCAAACCAACAGAUCGUUUGAUCGGAAGACGUUAUUUACCAUCGUUAUUAUUCCAUCCCAUUCACGGGCCAGUAAAGUGCACGGAUGUCGUCUUAGAACUUCGCACGCCUUUGAGAACUUGCACCAUUCAUCAUGUUGUCAUACAUCGUUUGAAGCAAGUUAUAUCUGCUCAACUUAGUCACCGCUUACGGAAAUACUUUUAUGAUGUGUAUUGAUACCGGGUAAAUUCAUUGUUCUACCGGUUAGUUUGUUCAACUUUGGAUUACGAAGCCUAGGAUUCGAUUUCCAGCCUAUACCCAGCAGUUGGGCAUAGAUAAUUGAGAUUUAAGAAAACAUUUCUCAAAUAGCGUCUCCAAUACUUUUAUAGCUAACUGGUAUACCUACUGUUACAAUGCGAAGGGUGUAGGCUGUAAUCCACCACGCUAAAUGGCGGUGCGCCGGUGCGAGUUCCAAGUUCGGCUCGGUAACUUCAGACGAUUUUGAGAACGUUAUGGAGUCAUUUUAAUCUUAUUUAUUUGCAAGAAACAUUGUAAAAGGCUGAUACAAUAUUGUUUUUGUGUCCAAAGAUGUUAGGUCCAAUGACUAUAUUAAUUGGUACCUAGUUUAUUUAUCGAUAAACAUUUAUUUAUGACACAAU